AUGCCUUCAGGACGCUUACAGGAGACUUGGCUGGCGAAAACAAACACAACAGCUUGUACAAUGGGCAGUCCUCUACAGAGCGUAGCUUGGUGCCCUGAUCUGGCAUCAACCAGUGACAUGGUCAGGCUGCUAGAAUCAUGGUCUCCUUUGUUGUCGGUGUAUCCUGCUUCCCAACCCAAAACUACUAAAAAGGAAUGGGGAAAGGGUAUUGCAGUUCACAAGGACUCCAGUGUUGGGGCAAUCAUCUUUGAGCUUCACAGCCUUGGCUUAUGCCCGUUGCUUCCAGGCGCUCUCCAUGUGUGUACUUUUGCCCCUUUAAAUGCUACAUUGGCACACUGGGCUGUCUGGUAUUGCCCAACAGGUUUGUCUUUGCAAUCGUCACACAUUCUUAGAGCAUCGAUUCCUCCCUGUAUCUUUGCGACAGAUGUAUCUUUGUGCCCUUGUCUUGCUUCGCCUUGUUCCCAACUUGUUUACUUGCCACUGCGCUGUGUGCGAUGCUUUCUGCUGCCAGAUGCCGCCCCGGAUUGCCACCAUAUACCUUCCUCAGCAGAGAGCUCUGCAACAGACCUCCACCAUUCCAGCCUGUUCCAGCAACCCCCAGGGAUCCCGAAAUUCGACUCGAUGGCAAACCCCACUGCGCCGAUACCCAUCCCCUCGCUGCCCUCAGAGCCUGCCGUGGCCAGGAUGCUGCCAGUGGUCCAGGGAGGUUCUGGCAGCCAGCGCAUAUCCCCUGGCAUGUUCAGCCACCCAGGGCCCCCAGCCCCUGGAGUAUCUGCCGCUGCUGCCCUCCCGGCCACUUGGGAAGCCGGCUUGACAGCUCGCCAGAUCACCGGCUGCAGCCCCCCCUCAAGCGACACCUCGUCCCCAGGCGGCAAGGCCAGGUACCGCAAAUCCUCCUUGGCGAACUCCUCUGGGGCGUCGAUGGGCAGUGCGAAGGCGUGGCCAGGGAUCACGAAGAAGAGCGGGAAGAUGAAGUUCAGGGGCGUGCGGCAGAGGCCGUGGGGCAAGUUCGCGGCAGAGAUCAGGGACCCCUCCCGCAGCUCCAGGGUGUGGCUUGGCACCUUUGACACGGCAGAGGAGGCGGCCCUGGCCUACGACAAGGCCGCCCGAGACAUCAGGGGGGCCAGGGCGAUCUGCAACUUCUCCAAGGAUGCGGCAGGCGGGUUGGUUGCCAGCCCAGGGGCCAUUUCGGAAGGCGAAGCCGCCAUGAAUGUUGUGGUGGAGGACUCUGCCAGCUCGAGGCGGGGAGACAAGGGGAGGGGCAGGGGCAGGCGGGGCUCGAGGAGGGGCGGGGCGGCUGCGAAGCGCACGCUGGCCCCCCAGGCGCGGCACUCCGGGGACGAGGGAUUCGAUGUGGACUUGUCGGAUUCCGACGAAGACCUGGCAGAGAUGGCAGACACUUUGUUGAUGCUGCACGAGUGCUGA